AUGCUCUCUCUAGCAACGGCGGUGCCGACGUUCGUGUGCUCGUCUCUGUCUUUCAUUGCCAGUUCGAUCUUCGCGGUAUCCUACAUCAUGUACCCUCCUGAGCGUCAUUUCCGACAAGCAAUGAUUGUCAAUUUGCUGGUAUCUGAUUGGAUCAACUCGCUGAACAACAGCAUUUCGGGCGCCAUUGCGCUUGCAAGAGCAAAUGUCAAAGGAGGUGCCCUCACGGCGGGCCCAGCUUGCACUGCCAAUGGCUACAUUGGACAAUUCUCCGUCCAGGCGAUCGACUUCAACAUUUUGGUCAUUUCCUUGACCGUGUUGCUCACGGUACGACAUCCCCGUUUGAUCAUGGAGCCACCGUGGUGGCAAAUCGUAUGUGUAUGUGCCAUUCCUUGGAUACCGCCAACCAUCACAGCCAAUACCGCACUGGGUCUCGGACUGUAUGGACCUGUGAGCGGGAAUUGGUGCUGGAUCGAGGCAAAGUACACUCCCCUCCGCUAUGCACUGACUCAUGGCUGGCGCAUAGCCAUCUUCAUCUCGACUAUCAGCAUCUACACCUACAUCUACAUUUACCUCAUCAAAGCGUACGGCAGAGUGACAUUUGACAACUCGUCUGCCAUGGCCACACCAAACAACGGCACACUGAGCAGGAUGAAUGCAGCAGAGGACAAGAUGGCUCUCUCCGAGAUACCACGUAUGCAAUCAACACUCAUUCGCGUCAGAUCCUCGAUCACAACCACUUACGAACAUGACGAAGAACCUUUACGGCCGAAGUUUCCCGCCAUCAGCGAAGAAGAGGGCGACGUGGGGAGUGUCGAUAGCGCGGCGAAGAAUCCAUUCCCGCACCCGAGCGACAGUAGCACUACCGGAAAUACGGCCCGAAUCGGAUUCGCAAAUGAACCAGGAGCAGGCAAUGCCGCCACGCAUAUCAUGUCCUCUGGAGCUCGACAACGCAAGCAGGCCGUGCGAAAGAUGCUCUUGCUGAACGGGUAUCCCAUUUUAUAUGUCAUUCUGUGGAUACCCGGCAUGGCGACGCGUAUAUAUGAGGCCUUUGGAGUUGCGCCAUUGUGGCUGCGAGGCUUGCAGGCCAGUACCCAACUGGUGGGCUUCGCCAAUGCUAUGACAUAUGCCUACAACGAACAGCUCCUGCAGCGAAUCCGCGAAGGAAAGCGACGCAGGUGAAGAGUACUUAAGUUGGGCGAAGAGGAUGAAGAAGAAGAAGAUGAUUGAUGAUGAUGACGAAAGAGGAACUUCUGUGCGAAAGGCACAUAUUGUACAACACAACCAUUGUGAAAACCUCACACACAGACCCGCAGGACAUCGAACAGUUGUCCCAAGGGAACGACGUAACCAGCCAUCUGCAAUAGCAGCAGUAC